AUGCACCGUGUAGAUCCUUUCUUAGCUUCUUCUUCCCAUGAUGUGAAGUCAAAGGAGAGUUUUGUGAAUACCGUUCCAUUAGAUGCCGAGGUGGCCCUCGCCACACUAGUACCAGUUAAAUCUAAGGAAUCUCCACAAGAAAUGACAAGUCGCCCCAUGCAGUCCUCCUAUCGAUCACGGCUCUGCAGUGGAUUUCCCUCCACGCUGGGAGGAACUGUUCCUCGGGGAUCUUUCAUGCGGGCAACUCGCGGGGAACGUCAAAUCAUGGAGCCCAUACGAAUGCUGCACAACUGCAUUCGCUACUUUGCAAGUCAUCCGGAGGUGUAUGGAACCAAUAUUCGAGCUUUACUAGAUCGUGAACUUAUGUAUGUAAUGCGUGUGAAGGCCUCUGAAACGGCUUUACUCAUGCCGGGUGCUGUUCCUGUGGCCGAUACACCACUUCCUCCAAUAGGCGCAACGCGUGGGAAAAGUCAAAAACUUCAACAUCCCGCGUUAAGUAAAUGUGGGGGAUGGAUGGUUUCUCCACGAACUGUAGAUGCGGCGGUGUCUGUGGGGGGUGGAAUUGGCGGUGAAGGGAUGUUUGGAUUUGGGGGAACUUCCUUUGUGGAGGCCACACCGGGAUUUCUCUCUCUACUGGAUAAGGCGAGUAGACGAAUGAAUGUUCCUGAGGAGUUAUUUCACUCAGAUGAAUAUGAAGAAGGAGGAGAAAAACUGUUUUUACCCGUUUCUUCUCCUACCGGGGUGAAUGCUAGUGGAAAUACCUUAAUGGAUAAGAGUGAACCAUUACUGGAUGUUGCCCGUCCACAGGAGAGUUCACGGCAUCGUGUGGUUUCUGUGGAUGAACCGCAUAGUGUUCAUACCUCUAAUGCAGUAGAGUCCAAUACGAAAAUUCUUAUUGAUGGAGCCAGUUAUGAAAUAUCUUUUUUGCGAAGUCAAUUACAACAAGUAGAAGCAGCCUUUAACGCCAAGUGUAUUCAUUUACAUGAGUUACAAAAUGAAAAUAAUAUUCAAAAAGCGGAAUUACAAUCUACGGAGAAAAAAUUACAACAAUGUACAGCAAAGAAUCAAGAAUUACAAUUUCAUAUGGAAAAUAUGAGACGUGAAUUGGAUGCAUGGAAACAACGAGCCAGUGAACUUAAUCUUCAUCAAGUUAAUGCCUCACAAAGUUCUGGAAAUGUUUCUCGUCGUUUAGAAGCUAUGCAGUUUGGUGAAGCGAAACGAGAAUUGGCACAUUUAUCUAAACUAUGGCGAGAAACUGAAAAAUCUCUACAAGAGACAAGACGUUCAUUAGAAAGUGCUGAAAAAGAAGCUGAAGUAUCCCAUAAAUAUCUUGAAGAUGCAUUUACUCUUAUUGAACGAUUGGAAAGACGUAAUACUCGACGUGAUAAAUUUAUUGAAUCUCAAAGACGACUUUUGGUUUCUUUAGAAGAAAAAUAUGAAAAACUUAUGUGGUGUGUACAGGAAUUACAAACAAUGAAAGGUUUACAAUCAUAUGUAGAUUUUCUUUUAUCAGAAAAUCCUGUUUGGUCAUUAUUCCUAUUUGUACGAUUACAACGUCGAUUAAUAGGAUUUGCACAAUUUGAUGAACCUCUUCCUAAUUCUCCAGGACCUCUUUACUUUCGACGUACACCUUGUGGAGGUAAAUUAUUAGAUGCCUACAGUCCGAAAUUAGUUUACAGAUUAAUGAUGGAUCAUAUAUCGGGAAGAGUAAAAACUGCAGAGAGUAAAUUUCAAGUACAAUUUGGAAUUCCCAUUCCAAGAUGGAGAGCUACCUAUCUGAUUGAUUAUAUUGGAGGCCAUAUCAAUAAACCUACCAAUAAUGAUGAUGGAGAUGGUAAUAAUAAUAAUAAUAAUAAUCAUGAUAAUAAUGGUAAUAAUAACAAUAAUGAUGGGAAUGAUAAUAAUUACAACAAAUACAGUGAUGAUCAUUUGGAAGGAAGUGAGAGAAAACGUCGUAAUCUUCCUAUUCUCACAUUAACCUCUCUUCUAUUACCUCAACAAAAUGAACACGUUGCAGGAGAUGUAGAAAUAGUGGAUGAUAUACCAAACACUGCACAGUAUGAUCAAGCUACUAUACGACUUUUAUUGUAUUGUUUCUGGAGUGAACGAUUUAUGCAGUACAAACGAGAAACAGAGAAACGUUUAAAAACAGCAAGAGAAACAAGAGCUGCACUUGCUGAAAAUGGUAUUGAAAGUUCUGAAUCCAAAACCGAUAGUUCUAAUGCUUUUAAUCGUCCAACAACCUUUAUAGCUGCAUUAGUAGAUUUUGUACGACAUUUAUACCCAUCUCCUUCAGAAGCAAAAGCAAAAGAAGAAAUAAACUCCACUUUAAAAAAGACAGUGGUAAGAGGAAUAUCUGUAAGGAAUUCAAAUAUGCGAGAAAAUCUACGAGUGUACUUUUCUUCUAUUGUUCAGAUUACAGAAGAUGGAACAGAAACACCUGUUACACUUUCACCUCAAGCACGUGAACUUCUUUAUGCCAUGUAUUAUUUUGCAGAAGAAUAUAAAGAAGUGGAUUCUGAUUAUCGACUUUUUUAUCUUGUGGCUUUUCAACAAAUACCAGAAAUUGUAGCCAUAAACUUCUAUGCCAGUAUGGAAGCACUACGUAAAGGAUGUGAUGAAGCUUUAUAUCGUUUACUUGGGGCAAACCCUUCAGAUCAUGUAGAGAAAGAUACUGCAAAUCCAAGUAGAGUAUAUUCUCCUAAAUCCAUGAGUACGGUUGGUAAUGUUAAUAUGAGGAAAGUACAUCCAGAUGAUGCUCCUGCUGAUGUAUUAAAAAAGGCUGUUGAAAUGAUUGAUACAGCUCCUUUAGAUCAGGAAGGUGUUUCUAUGGAACCUGAUAGUGAUGGAGAGGGAUUUGGUCUUAUCUUACCUGGAAGACGUUCAGUUGUUGUUGUGGGAAGCCCAACAGCUAAUCCAGAGGCGGAAACAACAGAAGUGUAUACUAGUCCUCAAAAGAUGAAACAUAAUAUACGAGAAUAUUUGUUUUCAUCAGAAAAAAGUAAUACAAUAAGUCCUACAAAUACUAAAAAAGGGGAAAGUCAAGUGAUAGAUUCAAAAACGACAAAGAAUAAUAAUAAUAAUGAUGAUGAUGAGAGUAAAGAAAUACCAACAGCAUGGGUUAGUCUUAAUGAUCGUCUUGCAACUAUGCUUGGUCCACAUUCUUCCCUCUUGAAAUCGUUAAAAGAAUCUAAAAAUGUAAAUUUUUCAAAAAUACAAAGUCGUAAACGUCAACAAUUUGGAAAAGAUUCUGUUUCUCUUUCUGCUGCACGUGGACUUUUACCUAUUGAAGAGGUUUUAGCAUUAGUCCAUAAACAUUGUUUUACCACAUAUGCUGUUUCCUGUUGUGGUGGAGCUUACCUCUCACUUGUUGAAACCUUAAUACCUCCUAGUAAUGAUGAUGUUACUGAAAUUGCUGAACUUGAUCCUUUAACACCUAUUGGACAAAUUCCACCAACGGAAAUGCAUAUUAAACGUUUACGAUUUGCGAUUGCAUUGGAUCAACCAUCUUCGUUAGUACGUUUUUCAGAUCUUUUUAAUGUAGAUACUAGAUAUGGUACACCUUCACAUUUUCAUGAUGAAUAUCUCCGACUUACAUUAGAUACCUAUCUUGAACAACAGGAAACUUGGAUGGGAAUUGUACUAAGUUCUGUUGCGAACCAAUAUGAAAGUGAAGAAAAAGAAAAUGUAGAAGAUUCUGAUGGUAGUAUUUCUUUCCCAGUUCUUCGUAUGAAAUUUGCAAAUGAACUUCGUCAUAUUUCUUUGGGAUUUGAACAGAGUAAUAUUUUUGCGAAGCAUUUCCUUAAUUAUAGUAAUUUACUCUAUCAUGAAGAAGAUAUUCGUCAUGAACAGUUUGUAGAUGCCCCAUUCUUUUUCAAUUCUCCUUCACUCACACGAGAUGAGUUGGAUGAAGAUAUCCUAUUAAUGCAAGAACGACGAUGGCCUAUUGAAGAUGAAGCUUCCUCAUGUUCACUGUUGUAUCUAUCCUUAGCAGUUCGAAUGACUUAUGUUGUGUGGGGAUUUGAAGCCACUCCUGCCGCUCGUCUUUCGGUAUCCUUAUUACCAUCUGAAAGACUUCGUCUGAUGUGUUUGCCUGAACAGGAUAAGGAAACGAAGAAUGCAAGAGAACGGAAUUUUCUGAGAGAGAUGAAACGUGAUUUUAAUGAUGCCUUACGACGUAUGAAGACAGGACAAACACAACAUAAUGAAUUACGACGAUUACUUUUGGAAGAUAUGGGCAUUGCCCCAUUUUCACCUCGUGAAACCAAUGUUGUUAAAUUUCCAUUAAUGUCGAAAGAAGUCUCUAUCUCAGCAUUUGGAAGUGAUACAUCUAUUGAUAUUCAUCGCCUCUAUGCUCCUUGGGAGAAUGAACAGCAGCAGUUUCAACAAACGCAGAGUGAUCGUGGAAGUGCGGCCCGUUCAGGAAGACGAUCGCGAUCACGAAGACGAUCUGUAAGACCUGAAACUCCUCGUAUGGAUAUAGCCACAACAGAUGCGGUGUAUUUCCCUGAAACUGUAUCCCUACUACGUUUUCUUGGUUUAGGUCGUGUGAAUAAAACGAAAUCCGACAAGAAAAAGAAACGAGUGGAAAAUGCAAAAGGCAUGUCUGAUGUACAAAACGCAUUACUGGGAACAUGUCUCAUGAAUGAGUCUUUAUUUAUAUCGCAUCAAACAGAAAUGGCUAAACUUAUUUCCCAAGCUUCCAAGAUGCCGCCUACCAUUAUAGCAUCCCCUGGUAGACUCUCCAUGGCGGAGAAUCCUCAUCCUGAGCCUCCUGAGAUGGCGGAGUCCUCCACGUGGCCCGCAGGAACAGCAUCAGGAGGAGGAGUUGAAGGACAUCACGAUAAUAUGAGCAUGGCGGCUGAGAGUAUUUUUCCACGGGACUCGACUGCACAGCCCUUUUCGGGAUUACCGCAAGUGUUGGACGACGAGGACGAUGAGAGAGUGGAGGAGCCGCAGCCGCAGAAUGUCGAUCCCACCGCAGGCGUGUUGGACUCUCUUCCCAUACGAAUGGUGUAUGCCGGAUGUGCUGCACUCAGUUUGAUGUAA